AUGGGCGAGGGACUUCUUAAGCGAGCCGCACCACAUGCCCGCUCAGCCGCCUUGAUGACCCCAGCCAUGCGAGGGAAAGUCAAGAGCACUGUCAUGGAGGUGGACGAGCGUGUUCACACCUUAACUGAGAGUUUUGAGCCCUUUGCGCCUGAAGCUCGCCCAGGCAAUCGGUUAUUGGACCGCUAUGUGGACCGUCUCCACUUUGACGAGCGCGAUCCUACCCAGGAUAGGCGACCAUAUCUAGACGAGCUCAUCGCGAAGGCGAGGGCCGACCCUUUAACAGUACUGGCUGUGACUGAUGGCUCUGUCCCUCAGUCCAACCAGUAUCAGGCAGCUUCGGCAGCCAUCAUCUACAAGGGACAUUGCGAGCUCGAAAGGACUUGUUAUGUCUCUGGCAGAGUCACCACCCCCGAUGCAGAACUCAAUGCCAUCUCGUGUGCACCCAUAGAGCAGUCGACCCUUCCGUGCACUCUGGUCAGGCUUUCAGCUUCUCAGUUUGUCGCACUCUCCAAGAGUGGUUUGAGGCAGAUGAUCUCUGCCACAUCACCUUUAUAUAUGUUCCCUCUGCUUUGCGGUGAUAUCUAUGGUGAGGCACACAAGUACGUCACCGAACUCAAAGUCAGGGUUGGACGUCGCAAGAUGGUCAACUCUAUAGAUGCGCUACGCUCUCGAGCGGCACACUCAGUCCUGGAUUCAUGGAGUUCCACUUUCCAGGAUCCAACUUACCGAGGCUCUGAAUUCUUGGAGCUCCAACAGCCUGACAGGCGGCCGCUACAGCCAUCGUACCUCAAUGGGGGACCUUGGCUUUCAACUUUCGGACACAGUAUCACUGAGUUCGCCCGCGUUUGCCAGUGUAUAACUGGCCACGCGCCCAUUGGAGCAUAUUAUCAUCACUUCAAGAUCAAUGAGCCUCAUGGCUGCACUUGUGGGGCUGCUUUGCAGUCUCACCAGCACGUCCUCUUUCGCUGUCGCGACCGCUACUCCGUGCAUUACCCCCGUUUUCUUGGGGAUAUUGCAUCUUUUAUGAAGUACAACCCCACAGCGUUUGGCUUCAACCAGGACCCCUCAGGUGUCGGGUAA